GCACACGGCGGGGCCGGGCGGUGUCUGCGCGGGUACCGGCGGUGUUUGGGCGCUGCACCGCGGCAAGAUGGCGGAGCGGGAGGAGGCGUUGAGGGAGUUCGUGGCUGUGACCGGUGUCGAGGAGGGGCGGGCGCGGUUCUUCCUCGAGUCCGCGGGCUGGGACCUGCAGAUUGCACUCGCCAGUUUCUAUGAGGACGGGGGGGACGAGGACAUCCUGACCCUUCCCCAGCCGACAGCCAGCUCCAUAUCCAGAGGCUCUUCAGCCAGUGACCACAGAGUAACGUCGUUUCGAGACCUUGUUCAUGCACAGGAGGAUGAUGAUGAAGAGGAGGAGGGGCAGAGGUUUUAUGCUGGUGGCUCAGAGAGGAGUGGGCAGCAGAUCGUUGGUCCCCCGAGGAAGAAGAGCCCCAAUGAGCUGGUGGAGGAUCUGUUCAAAGGAGCGAAGGAACACGGUGCUGUAGCAGUUGACCGGACGGCCAAGAGCGGCGGCGAGACCAGCAAGCCUAAACCUUUUGCAGGGGGAGGGUAUCGCCUUGGUGCUACUCCAGAGGAGGAGUCUGCCUACGUGGCAGGAGAGAGGAGACACAACUCUGCUCAGGAUGUCCACAUUGUGCUGAAGCUCUGGAAGAGUGGGUUCAGUCUGGAUAGUGGAGAACUGAGGAGCUACCAGGAUCCAUCCAAUGCCCAGUUUCUUGAUGAUAUCCGCAGAGGGGAGGUCCCGGCCGAGCUGCGCAGGCUGGCGCGGGGUGCGCAGGUGAACCUGGACAUGGAGGAUCACCGCGACGAGGAGUAUGUGAAACCCAAAAGUGUCUUCAAAGCUUUCACUGGAGAAGGACAGAAGCUGGGCAGCAGUGCACCCCAGGUGAUGGGCACCAGCUCCCCAGCCCAGCAGGCAGCCAAUGAAGCCAAAGCCAGCUCUGCCAUCGUGAUUGACGAGUCAGAGCCUGUCACCAACAUCCAGAUCCGGCUCGCUGACGGCGGGCGCCUGGUGCAGAAGUUCAACCACAACCACAGGAUCCGUGACAUCCGGCUCUUCAUAGUAGAUGCCCGGCCAGCGAUGGCUGCCACCAGCUUCAUCCUCAUGACCACCUUCCCCAACAAAGAGCUGACUGACGAGAACCAGACCCUGAAGGAAGCCAACCUGCUCAACGCUGUCAUCGUCCAGCGGUUGACAUAAGGACCCCGCUGUGCCGCGCAGGCUCGCACCUCCUCGUAGCUCUGGGUUCUUAGGUCUCGGUUGGACUUUAUUUCUCUCUUUAGUUGCAUUUCCCAUGGGGUUUUUUUUGUUGGUUUUGGGUUUUUUUUUUUUUUUUUUGUGAGGAUGAUCAGUGGACUUGGAAAUAAAUAAAUGAGAUGAAUCCAUUUGGAAAGGAGCUGCAGCCUCUCAUGCCACAGGUUCUCCAGGAGAGCUGAGCUGAGUUACCUUUGUGGGCUGUGUUACUGCCUUGAGAGGGGUGAGGAAGGUGAGGGGGAAGGGAGCUCCCAAGGAGCAGCUUCUGUCCAGAGUUCCCAGCAGACUGCUCAUCACAGUCCUUUGGCUCUUCCCUCUCCUCCAGGGACUGCUGUAAAGUGCUCUAUUUUCUCACUUUAACUAGAAACUAUAUGAGAAUGGGUGAUCUUCUGAUAAUGGUUGUGGAGGGAAGGCUUUGCUCGCUGUGGGGUGCCAGGUUUAACACUUGGGCUUUUCCAGAGAGGAAAUCCUGACUUUCCUUCCCCCAGCAGGACUCAGGGGUGUUAAGUGCAGUGCCUGCUCCUCCUGCCCUUCCUCCUGCAGUCCAGGCUGCCGCUUGAAUUUGCUGUACUGCAUUCUCUGAAGCUCUGCUGCUGACCUUUCCUUUCCAAGAAGGCACAAAGCUGAAUCAGCACAAAGCGACUGCAACUAAAAGGCAAAUGGAGUCUGUCUUACUGGAAAGCAAGUUUUGUUUUGAGAGGUGAAUUACUGAGAUGAUGGAAACAGCUCAGGUGGGAAAAGUCAAGCCUGUAGGACCCUUUGAUUUAUUUCCUCUGCUGAGGGCUAGUGUAGCUGCACAGCUGGAAUUGUCCAGCUUCACUCUGUUGUGCUGGUUGUGUUUUGGACUCGGGUCUCUGCAUCUUUCUCUCCUUUGAACUGAAUCCUCCAGGUGCUUUCAUUAAGGGCCUGGUAAUAGUCAUACGUACAAGUUGCCAUGUAUAGCCUUGUGCCAGGGCACUGCCCCAGCCCACAACGUGCUCACUGCCCUAGUGCUGCCCUCGGAGCAGAACUGGAGAGCUGUGUGGAACCGUGGGCCUCCAGACAUCAGCCGAGUGGGAACUGAUCCGGCACCAUCCCAUCCGGAGAGGCUGCGCCGCUGCCAUGCCCAGGGCUGGAGCAU